AUGUCAACCUCCAAAAAAGAAAUUAAAAAAACAACAAAUACAUCAAAGGAUGAACCUAAAAACGAGGUAAAACAAAGAAAAAAAGAAGACUCUUCUACAACCACUACAACUACUACAACCACUACAACUUCCACAAAUGAUGAAAUUAAAAGUGUAGACAAACUUAAAUUAAACUACCCAAUUUUUCAUUGUUCAUCUUCAAGCGUAUCCAAAGAACCAUAUAUCGCAUGUGGUGGUGGUGGUGGUAAAUCAAAAACAGGUGUACCAAAUGCAAUUACAUUAUUAAAAUGGAGUGAAAAAGAAAACAGUUCAGAGUUUAUAAAUAUUGACCAAAUGGAAACUGAGGAUUGUAUCCCAUAUAUCGCAUUUAACGACAGCAAAAACCAACUAGCCUAUUUUAUUGGCUCACACAUCUAUAUUGUAUCAUAUAAAAACAAUCGUUUGGAAAAGGUCAGCGACUUUGAUUCAAAUCAAAAUAUACCCGAAACAGCCUUCAACACCGCAGGCAAUUCAGGAAGCGUCUCACCUUCAUCAACACCAACUGUUUCAUCACAACCAACAAAAAACACACCAUCAACAUUAGAAAGAAUUAGAUUCAAUAAAAAAGGUGACCGUCUCAUAACUAUCGAUAAUAACAAUUUAAUUUGUGUUUGGAGCGUUCCAUCAUGCGAGUUUGUAAGAUUAAUUAUUUCAGGACAUCAAGGUGAAAUUACAGACAUUGAUAUUCAUCCAGCAUCAUCUCAUAUUGUUACCACCUCACGUGAUUGCUCUGCCAAAAUUAUCAAUUUAAUGAAUGGUAGAGUCGAAUUUACUCUUCAAUACAAACCAAAACCAAAAUUAGCUUUUAGAGGCUGUAGAUUCUCACACGAUGGUCUUUAUAUUUACACUGCCCAAUCAUUACCACGUACUAAACAGACUACUGGUUGCACUGUACUCACCAAAUGGAAUUUCACAAACGGAAAUGAAGAAUUCUCAAGAGAAGUCGAUACUUUCCACAACACCACAUUCGACCUCUCUCCAGAUAGUAAAACUAUAGCAAUCAGUAACGGCAAUAGCCAUAUCCUUGCAUUUAACUCUGAAUCAUUCAAACAAUUAGAUAAAUGGGAGCCUCACGAAUUUGUAAUUACUGGUGCCUGUUUUUCACCAGAUAGCUCAACCAUAUUCUCUUGUUCAGCCGACUAUACUUGUAAAUCACAUAGAAUCGGGUCCUAUUCAACCAAUAACUCUAAAUGUUUUUUGUAUAUUAGAUGUGUAUAUUUGAAUUUCAAAAAACUGAUUAUAAUAAGAAUCGUGUCUCUUAAUAUUAAACUUUAUAUGAACACAUUUGUUUAA